ACGAGGGGGCGGGGCAUCCGGGCCGCAGGAAGCGUCGUUUCCGCUGCUCUCUUUUGUCGAGCGGAGCCGGAGGCUGGAGCGGGGCCGUAGCGCGAACUCCAGAAACCAUGCAGCUGUCCUGGCUUUUGGCCACUGCCCUGCUUGCCGUUGCAGCGUCUGUGCCCAUCGACCGGCCCAAGGCAGAGAAGAAGGCGGAAGAGACGCCCCCAGAACCACCGGACACGGGGCUAUAUUAUCACCGCUACCUGCAGGAGGUGAUCAACGUGCUGGAGACGGACAGCCACUUCCGGGAGAAGCUGCAGGCGGCCAACGCCGAAGACAUCAAGAGUGGGAAGCUGAGCAAGGAGCUGGACUUCGUGAGCCAUCACGUCCGCACGAAGCUGGACGAGCUGAAGCGCCAGGAGGUCUCCCGGCUCCGCAUGCUGCUCAAGGCCAAGAUGGACGCAACCAUGGAGCAGAAUGUGCAGAUCGAUCACCUGGGGCUGCUGAAGCAGUUCGAGCACCUGGACCCCCAGAACCAGCACACCUUCGAGGCCCGCGACCUGGAGCUGCUCAUCCAGGCGGCCACCAAGGACCUGGAGAACUAUGAUGCGGCCCAUCACGAGGAAUUCAAACGAUACGAGAUGCUGAAGGAGCACGAGCGACGUGAGUACCUCAAGUCCCUGGACGAGGAGAAGCGGCGGGCGGAGGAGGCCCGGUUCCAGGAGCUGCGCCAGAAGCACAAGGAACACCCCAAAAUCAACGUGCCGGGCAGCCGAGAUCAGCUCAAGGAAGUCUGGGAGGAGACAGACGGGCUGGACCCCAGCGAGUUCAAUCCCAAGACCUUCUUCAAACUGCACGACACGAACAGCGAUGGGGUUCUCGACGAGCAAGAAUUGGAAGCGCUUUUCACCAAGGAGCUGGAGAAGGUCUACGACCCCCGGAACGAGGAGGACGACAUGCUGGAGAUGGAGGAGGAACGUCUGCGUAUGCGGGAGCACGUCAUGAAGAACGUGGACUUGAACCAGGACCGGCUGGUGACGCUGGAGGAAUUCCUGAAAUCCACUGAGAAGAAGGAGUUUAACGAGGCCGGAGGCUGGGAGACGGUGGACGAGACCCAGGUGUACUCGGAGGCGGAGCUGCAGCGGUUCGAGGCGGAGCUAGCGGCCCAGGAGGUGGAGCUUGGCCGGCGGGCGGAGCAUCUGCGGCGCCAGCAUCAGGAUCUGCAGGAGCAGCAGGUCCGGCUGGACGCCCAGAAGAAGGAGUAUCAGCAGGCCGUGCUGCACAUGGAACAGAGGAAAUCCCAGCAGGGGGAGGCACCGGCAGCUCCCGACCCCGGGGAGGAGCUGAAAUUCCAGGCCCAGGCCCCGCACGCCGCCCCGGCAGAGCCGGCCGCACCUGCAGCCCCAGCCCCUGAACAGAACCACGUGGAACCUCCCCAGAACCAGGAGCCGCCACCACAGCCCGAAGUCCAGAUCCAGUGAAACCCUGUGUGAGCUGGAGAAGGGCGGGGGCCUCAUAUUGGCCCUGCCCCUCCCUCUCCUGGGCCCUACCCCUCUUCCUUCCCCACUGGCACAGGGCUGGGGUCCUAGUAUAGCAUCCAGGCCAGAGGCUGUGUUGUCUGCAGUCCCUUUUUUGGCCACUGGGGGGUGACAUUGAGUCUUGUCUGUUUUUUGGAUCAGGGGCCUCAGUUGGAGCUGGGGGCUGCCUUCCUGCCCCAUAGUGCUGCACUGCAGUAGGGGCGUUUCCCAGCUUCUCCUCCCUCCCCCCCAAAAAAGCCUCCUGCUUUUAGGGGGUGGGUCCUGGCUGCUGCCUCCACCCACAGAACCCAUCUCCCCAUGUUCCUAGCUGGGGGAGAGGGGCAUUUGAAUGGGGAAGCACUUGGGGUUUGGCAAAGAGGGGGGUGUGUGUGUGUCUUGAUUGGAGGUGACAGGGAGCCCCCCAAAUUCUCUCAGCUCCCACGUGUUUCCACACUGCUUGUGGGCCUCCCCCUCAUUGCCCCCUUUACUAAACCCCCCUCCCCCCCUGUGCUGGUCGCGGCGAUGAAAUAGACGAAACCCCUUCCCCCCCCCGCAUUGUCCUGAGCCCCUGGGUUUAUAGCGCAGGGGGAUAGACACCCCCCCACAACCCCCCUUAAAAUCCUUCAGUCCCUGGCCGCCUUGACGAGCUGAGUGGGGUUCACUUGACGACUUCCCCCCACCCCCUAUCAAAUUCUAGAUGCAGUAUUAACACCAAUAGAAACAGGUUUGUUAAAAGUGGGGGUGGAGCUUCCUGGGGUGGGGGCGUAGCUUCCCCUGAGCUGGCCCAGACCCAACCGGCCCAGGGGCAGGGUGGGAGCAGACCCAUGUUAGAAAUUAUGGGACUUGGCAACAGAUUGUUCUAAUCAUGGGCAUUUUGGGAGAGACUGGGGGUGGGAGGGACAGGACCUAGACCUGGCAGAAGUUUGCGGGUGAUCUGCUGGGGGAUAGACCCCAUGACACCGUAGCAGCGCUCCUCAACUGCUGUGGAAUGAAACUGAUCAGCCCCCUGGUUUCUCCCCAACUCCGCCCCCCCCGACUCAUAGCAGCUCUAGGGGUGCUCUGCUGUCCCCCAAAUCUGCAGUCUCUGCUCUGUAGCACAGGGAGCGGUCAUUUGUGUCUUUCUGCCUUACUGUUUUCCCCGCAUAAAGGGAUAAUUUAAGACAUAAA